AUGCCGCUGGGGCUGAGACACAAGAAGAAGGACAAGUCCAAGGAGACCUUCAAGCUGGUGGAGAGCGAGGCGGCGGCCCCGGCCCCCGCGGCGGCCCCGGCGCCGUCGGCCAGCGCGGCGCGGCUGCAGUUCCACACGCAGCUGGCGCACGGCAGCCCCACGGGCCGCGUGGAGGGCUUCGGCAGCGCCCGCGAGCUGUACGCCCGCAUCGCAGCGGCCUUCGGCAUCCACCCCGCCCAGAUCAUGUUUUGCACUUUGAACACUCAUAAAGUUGAUAUGGACAAGCUCUUAGGUGCACAAAUUGGCCUUGAAGAUUUCAUAUUUGCCCAUGUGAAAGGACAGCGAAAAGAAGUGGAAAUUCUUAAAACUGAUGAUAUGCUGGGACUUACCAUUACAGACAAUGGAACUGGCUGUGCCUUUAUAAAGCGAAUCAAAGAAGGCAGCAUUAUGGACCAAACCAAAACUGUCUGCGUGGGUGAUCACAUAGAGACCAUAAAUGGGAAAAAUGUGUCAGAGUGUCGGCAUUAUGAAGUUGCCAAAAUGCUAAAAGAUCUGGAGAAAGGUCAGAAGUUUAAGCUGGAGCUGGUAGAGCCUUUGAAAGCAUUUGAAAAGCUGGAGCCAAGGUCCAAAGGCAGAACUCUGUCAGAGGCUAAAAUCUCCAAAGGGAGAGAAACACUUCGCCUGAGAGCCAAAGGCCCUGCUACUGUGGAGGAAAUGCCAACUGAAGUUGAAGAAAAAGCAAUUAAAAAAGUGGAUGAGCUUCUUGAAACAUACUUGGGCAUAAGAGAUACUGAAUUAGCUGCAACAAUUGUGGAAGCUGGAAGAGACAAGAAAAACCCAGAUGAAUUUGCAGUGGCCUUGGAUGAAACUCUUGGAGACUUUGCAUUUCCAGAUGAGUUUGUAUUUGAUGUAUGGGGAGCAAUAGGUGAUGCUAAGCAAGGACGCCUGGAAUGAGAACUGUGCAGUUUAUCAUCCCCUCUUUGAAAAUACAAAGUGAUUUACAAAUACAUCAGAAUGGUAGUAAUUGUAUUGAUGUGAAUUCAGAGUGCUUUGCACAAGUAUUCUGACCUGAGAUUUUCCUUUGCAAAGGAAGGUUUCUAAUAUAAAUGAAGGUAACCCCAAACUUCUGACAACUGCAAUUUAAAACAUUUAAUUUAUAUAUAGAAGUCACUGUGAGUAGAGUGUCAAGGUGAUAUAUUUAUACAGGAAUUUUAUGAAAAUUAGGUAAUUUUUAUUGUACAUACACUUUGAUACCAAUGUUCUGAAAAGUGUUAGACAUAUGCAACUGGGAGUUGGGAUUAUUUUGUCUCUUAGAGAGGUUUAUAAAGCUGUUGAGAAACUACCUAGCUUCAUGCUGCAGUUCCCUGGUUUUCUGCUGUUCCUAUGUCUUAACCUAAAGCCUUAUGUUUUCUCACAGUUUGGCCUGGACAUUGUUUUUACUGUAGGCAAAGCUGGGAAGAAGCUACUCUGUUUCUUUAGAACCCAUAUUCAGGGAAAAAAAAAUUUCCUCUGAAACAUGAAAACUAAGAUCUUUGGAUGAGAAAGGCUUGCUUGCAUUUGAGUCAUAAUAUGCUCUGUCUGGGUUAUUACUGAGAUAAGUAGAGUAGAAAUGCUUAAACCAGGAAGCUGCUGCUUUAUUCAGAUGCCAUAAUAUUGCAAUAGGAACUGCAUAGAAAGAAAUAAAUGUUAAUUUUGAUUAAUAUUAAUGCAUUUGAAUAAUGCAUUAAUAUUAAUGCACUGGAGACUGCAGCGUAUCACUAAGUGCUUAAUUGAUCUUUGCAUAUGCUAAAUGAUUUCUUGAAAUCCCAUGGAAUUCCCCUCUUGUCUGUGUGUUUUUUCAACAUGGCAACACAAGAGAGACAUUGAAGGUGUUCAAACCCAAAAGAUAUUAUUGUAAAGUCACAAAGAAUUGUAGUUUGGAUGAGAGUGCAUGCCUAGACCCUGAAAAAUAUGUUAAACUAAUCUUAGAUAUUAGGUUUUCCAAUUAUAUUGUACAUAAAUGUUUAUCUUGACUACUAAUUUUUUACUUAUAAAUCUGAGAUUAUUGCAAAUGAAAUUGAAUGAGAAUGUGGGUUCUGGCCUGGGAAGGUGUCAUAUCUUUUUAUUAUUUUUAUAUUUGCAUAAGAAUAUAAAGUAAUAAUUACUACAAAGUUUUUUUCUAAAUCACUACGUAAAGAAAAUGUCUUUCACUGAAUUGCAGAGAUCUCUUUAAAAUAAAGAUUAUGCCAAUAACUUUA